AUGGCCGUCGCGAUGGUCCUCGCAGUCGUCAUCCCCGUCAUUGCGAGCGUCUUGGUGCUCGCGCUCAUGUUCAAGUUCGCGCGGGGACUCUACGAGGCCUUCCGCUCGCUCUGCAGCCGCCAGGAGCAGGAGAAGGAGAGAGAACGCAUCGAUCUCGAGGUGGGCGGCGGCAUCAUGUCUCCCGAGCCGUACCACAUGUCGUGGCCCACGCCGAGCUCCAAAGUUCAUUCACCGUUCAGCCUUGACACCCCCAAAGCUGCAACGCACCCGGCACUUCACGUGAUUGAGCGGCCACCACGAUCCCCCAGAGUCAUGACCAGCCUCGUGUCCCCCAUUCGAACGGGCUGCAGUCCGCCCAAGCGAACAAUACGAGGCGAGGAGCGACUGCCGCACUCUCCUGUCGUGAUCCCACCAGUUCAUCCCCCGGUGAUAGCGAUAAGGCCCUUCGGACGCUUGGUUUGA